AUGAUCUAUCCUAAUGCUGCUCAACAAGAUAGAAUCAUCGCUGGUCAGGAAUGUCAACAGCUACUGGCUAUUCCGCUUGACCCCAGGUCUGAUAUGGAGGCAACUGCCCCUUCUCCUUAUGUGAAGUGCCAUCAAGUGACUGCGAAGAACAUUAACGAUAUGAGCCUCAACGAUGUGUCUAUCAACCACCAACGAGUGAAGAUCAGCCCCAAGGCCGUGAACCUCCCUGUCACUCUGGUUGACGACCGUGAUGCCCCCGACGGAAGAUGUUGUAUCAAGAUCCCUUGGAAAUAUCUUAUUGCGAGACCACCUCCUAACUUCAAGGCCGCUUAUGCCGAAGAUAGUGCGAUCACCAGAAAGCUCUCCCCAGAGCAAAGGCGCCUGUAG